AUGACGACGAAACGAGCGGAUCUGCAAGGAAUUCGCGGAUUCGCCAUUCUUGCCGUUCUUGGUUUCCACUUCUUUCCCCAAGAAUUUCCGAAUGGAUACCUCGGAGUCGAUCAGUGAGUAUUUUUUUGUAAAUUUUCGAAAAUCUGCUAGAACUAUGCAAGUAUGCGAGUUUGACAAUAUCAGAACGGUGUGAAACACAAUCCCUCAGAUUCUUCGUUCUCUCCGGAUAUCUCAUGUGGAUGCUUCUCAAUCGUUCCGACUCCGACCGUCCGAUUCCUUUCAUUUUCAACUUUUACUCCAGAAGACUCAAAAGAAUCCUUCCACUUUACUUCUUCUUCAUUUUCUGCUGUCUUCUCGCUUUGAACACUCUUUUUCCGGAGACUUCUAUUGAAACCAAUCAGAAAUCAGCCGUCCGAGCGCUUCUUUUCCAAUCAAACCGACCUCCGACAACUCAGGAAGACUAUUUUCAAAUGGUACCGUAUUCUCAAAAGUCAUUAAAGCCCUAGCAACUCUUGCAGCUCUCGCUUGCCAUUGACAUAUUCACGCACACGUGGUCCCUGUCGGUUGAAGUCCAAUUCUACUUUAUUGUUCCGUUUAUAUUCCUAAUCGGAAAACGGUUUUCUCAAAAGCGACAGUACUUGUACUACAGUACCCUCGCAAUUCUUUCUUUCGUUUACUCUUCCACUGCUCCAACUUCUGUCGCUUUCAACAGCGUUUUUGCAAGAACGUGGCAGUUUUGCAUAGGUUUGAAGGGAAUUCAGUUUCAGUGACGUUACAAAGUAUCCAGUACAUUUUCAGGAAUGCUAAGUUUGUUUGUGGGCACUUCGCAUGUUCUGUCAAACAAUCAAAAGAUAUCCUCAAAACUCCACAACCUUCUCUUGCUUUCUACUGUCUUUACAACAUUUUAUCCAAAACGUUUACCAGAUAUAAUCGCUCGGUAAUCUUUUUUCAAUCCUAUAUCGUUUUGUGUAUACCUUUAAAGUUUCAGUCCUUUUAUAGCAGUUUGCACAUCCCUUCUGAUCCUAUUCUCGACUGACAGUUCAUUGCUGUCCAUUAGAAUUCUCACGUACUUCGGGGACAUCUCCUACUCUCUUUAUCUCAUUCAUUGGCCAAUUUACGCCUACUGGAAGCUCACAGACGACGGAAAUCAGUUCAGUGAGCGGCGAAAUACUUCAAAAUACAUCAAAACACCGCGUUCGUUUCAGCUUUGUUGGUCUACCCAAUUGUAUCGAUUGUUUUAGCGGCGCUCAGCUAUGAGACAUUCGAGAAACAGUACCUCAAGCUAUCAUUUUCAUCGAAUUCCUUUCUGAUUCUCAUUUUCCUCACUGCAAAUGUUCUCGUUCUGAACAAAGAGAGUCUAUUGGGAACGGAAACGGAAGAAGAGAAACUCAAUCGGCAAAACUUUACAUUCGGUAUCGAAAAACGAAUCGAAAAGUAUUAUCACGCACAUUUUCAGAAGACGCGGACCGUCUGAACCAUUACUGGAACUUGAAAGACAUUGAUAAUCUCCUCUCCCGCACUUGCGAUUACGAGGGAUCCAACGGGCCGUACGGAUGGUGUCGGCACUCGGGAUUAUCUCCGAACUCCUCCUACAAAAUGAUCAUUUUCGGGAACAGUGUCACUGCGAAUCAUGCAGACAUGUUCUAUCAGGAGUGUAAACACAAAGCGAAGAGUAUUCUGCAGGGAACUGCUUUUGGUGAGGUCAGAAUUACAGAAGAGAGCGAGAAGAGAGUUCAGGUUGCGAGCCUUUGUACCCGUCAUUGAGAUUGGAACGAUGUCGGAAGAAUAUGACGGAGUUUCAGCAGAGGCUACGGAUGGAACAGCCCGAUUACGGUUUUAUUUUCACGAGGUAAGCAAUUGCGCACUUCCGAUUUAUCAUUUUCUACACGUUUCAACUAGUUUACAAAAAACAUUUCAUACAUAACUGUCGGUUACAAUGCCAAUAUUAUUUCUCAGGUUCAUCAGCAUCGCCGACCCGUUCGCUCCCGGAAUCACCAGUUUGGACGAGGAUCCGAUUUAUCAAACAAUGCUAAACAACACUGUGGAAUACAUCAAACAUAUUCGCAUCAAACUAUUUAUCCUCAACACGUAUCCCAGAAUUAUCAGUGAGCGGAUAGCAAAAAUUGGAGAAUCGAUGAGAGCCGGAGCCAGGCAAGAGGAUAUUGACGUAACAGAUUCACGUUGCGAAAAAUAUUGUAUCCUUUCAGAAGGCAUUACUGAGCCCGAUUCCCUUUGAAAUGGGACGAAUACGUCAUGCGCAACUCGUAAAAGACUGCGGGAGCAAAUGCGAACUCAUCGACUAUCUUCCCGAGUUCUUCAACGAAACCACGAGCACAUUCCGAUUCUCGGACGCCCGCGGACUCUCCUUCUUCACGGCGGCCAAUCAUUUGACUCCGCACGGUCUCGAGCACGUUCGACACGUUUGGACGGACGUUUGUAAAACGAUUUAA